AUGGUGCCAACUGUGCCCGAGCCUCCAUUUGAAGCGGCCAUGGCACCUUCGUGCACUGCGUGCAAGGCUGACACACUUGCUAACAGCAGGUUUUGCCACAUGUGUGGAGUGGCCGUGGGGAUGGCGCAUGGCGGGUACAGCAUCGUGGAGCCGUCCAUCCUGCCAGCAGACUUGCAAGCAGUGAAGAAGCCUUCUCCAGGCAUGCGUCGGAACUCAGCCGCCGACCUCCGGCGCAACAACAGCAGCUAUCUCCUCUUGAUGCGCCUUGAGGAGGCAGGUGCGGAGUGGCGCGACGUGGAAGGUCUGAGUGAUCCCGGUGGCCGCACCCCUGACAGCACCCCGAAAGCCCGACCCAUGACCAUGUCCCCUACAAAGAGAUGGGAGACCGACCGCGACAGGUUCGUUAAGAUCUCCGAGAUCCAUGCAGCGCCUGCCUUUCCAAGGAUACUUUGCGUAUCCCGCAGGUAUUUGCGGAAGAACAAGUAUGUGGAUAUCACGGGGGAGUACCACUUGGAGCUGAUUCAGAAGUUCGGUGGUGCACCCAUCAUUCUGCCACGCACCAUGCAAACCGUCCAACAACUCUGUGAGUAUUUGCCCAUGGAUGGUUUGGUGAUUGCCGAAGGCCAGGAUCUCUCCGAUGAUAUCCUGCAGAAGUAUGGCUGCCAGGUGCCUGAGCGUCUUACUGGUGAAGCAGCCAAGAAGUUUGCAAGCGACACAGAGACGGAUGUCUCCAAAGAUGAGCUGGAGUUUGCAUUGAUGAGAUUUGCCCUGGCAGCAGGUGUGCCCGUUCUCACCUUUUGUCGUGGUUCCCAGAUGCUCAACUGCAUGCGAGGCGGAACCCUCGUGGGUGACAUUGAGAGUCAGACAGAUAGCUGCAUCAAGCAUUUGAGAGACUCCAGUGAUCCUGAAUAUGACAGCUUCCGUCACCCUAUCACCGUGAAAACAAAGACACCUUUGGCUGAGUGGUUUGGUGACAGUUUGGGGAAUGGUGAAGCCAAGAUGCUUAUGGUGAAUUCCUACCAUCACCAAGCAUCAAAAGAGCUAGGGUGGAGCUUAGUGCCUAUGGCACACAGUCCCGAUGGAAUCAUUGAGGCCUUCUAUGAUCCAAGAUAUGACCCGAAAGCAGGGCAAUUUGUGGUCGGCUUGCAGUUCCAUCCGGAGCGGAUGCUGGGUGACUAUCCGGGCUGUGCACGAUGCUAUGAAUCAUUCCUAGAGGCUUGCAGGGCCUACAAGGCCUUUCAAGAUGUGUGUGCCUAG